AUGUCGGAUCAAGAGGCUACUAACUCUGCAGCGGCAGGAGACCAGGCCAUCAAUAACACACAUGAAAGCACCACAGUAGACGAGCAAACCUCCCAGGCUGAGGCAGCAGCUCCAGAAAACUUACAAACCACCGGCAACGGCCUUGAAGACGCUCUCUUUGGAGAUGACGACGACGAUGAACAAGAGCCAGCGAGGCCAGUACAAAGAAAUAGAAACCGCCAGGACGACGAGGUAGAGAAGCCAGCUGCGAUCGCUGCAAACGAUGAUGACGAUGAUGACGACGAGAAUGAAGGUGUUCGCCGUAAGGUCCGCCGACCAAGGCAACGCGUCGAUUCUGCAUCAGCAUCUCCCCCUCCCGCUGGCUCGAAGGGCUUGACUGCUCCUCCACCUCUCGAUCCAUCUUCUCCAGCUCGCGGCGGCGGCGCUGGUGGCCGCUCGGGCCGUUCAUCUCAUAGCGGCAGCCCGUUUGGCAGAGAAGGCUCUCAAGAGCUCGACGAAGAAGCUCGUCGUCAGCUCGAAUACAAAGAGGAUGAAGAGGGUGAUCUUCAGCCCGACGACAACAUCGAAGUCGCCCAUCUCGCUCUCCCACAACUUCCUGUACGCCGAACGAAAGAACACUGGCUUGCCAGAAUACCGCAUUUCCUUCGCUACGUCACCACCCCUUUCGACGCCGACACUUGGGAUGAAGAACAGGAAGAAAAGGCGCUGCUUGAGGAAGGCUUCAAUUCUCAAUUCGGAAAUGAUGUUGGCGCUGCCAGUCUGCUUCGUACCUCGAACACCAUUCGAUGGCGCUACACCGAUCAGGUCGAUCAGGACGGUGCCCGCAUUCCCGAGUCGAACGCCAGAAUCGUGCGCUGGAGCGAUGGCACCAUGUCGCUCCAAGUCGGUAGCGAACUCUUUGAUAUCACACAACAGACCGAAAAGGGUCGAGUCUCUACCGCAACUAACACAGGCACCAAUACACCACAGAUGAGCUCGAGCUCACAAGCUGCCGGUCCAUCCUCACAGCUACUCAGCCAAGCCACACAAAGUAUGCCCAUGGGUUCCCGCGGAUCCUCCAACCGUCCCGCACAGAGUCUUUCCUACCUCGUCGUCCCGCACGAGCGCGAACAAGUCAUGGAAGCUCAAGGUCCCAUCGCUGGUUCCCUCGCCUUCACACCCGCCGACAUCCAAUCCGAGACGCAUCGCAGGAUUGCCAAAGCCCUGCGCUUCCAAAAGACAGCCCGUGUGGUCGCCACUGCCGCUGGCGAAGGUGCUCUCGAUCCCGAAGUCGAAAAGGCACGUAUCGAGAAAGAACUCAAAGAUGCCGAAAAGAAACGUAUUCGCGAACGUCAAAAAGCCGACCGCAAAAGCGGCAAGUUCGACGACGACAUGUUCGAUAUCGAGUCUCGCAGACGAAGUCGUUACGUUGCUGGCAGAAAGACCGGUGCUGGUCCGCGCAACACCAAUUACUACAGUGAUGAGAGUGAUCUCGAUGGUGCAGCUGAUGAUGUUGGUGGUCGUAGUGGCAAUAAGAGAGGUGUUGCGUCGCAGAGAUAUGCUGAGGAGGAUGACGAUGGGUUCAUUGUUGAUGAUGAGGGUGAUGAAGAUGAAGAUGAUGGAAAGGGUCACGGGCGUGGUUCUGGUCGACGAAAGAAGAAAAGAUCGUCUGAUGACGAGGAUGCAAUGGAGGUCGACGACGAGCCUGAUGAGAUGGAAUUGGCAGAGCAAAAAAUUGAGGAGGCUGAACGUGCACGAAAAAAGGCAGCAGUAGCAGGUGGUGGUGAAUCGAAAGAGAAACGCAGGCCAGAGCCCGCCUUCUCUUCGGAUGAGGAUGAACAGAAUGCUGAAGGCGAGGAUGGCCAAGCUGGCAGUCAGGCGAUUGCCAGGAAGAAGCGCAUCAUCGAGAGUGACGAGGAGUAG